GAAACUAGAGUUGUUUUGCUGUCUGAAAAUUUACAGGUCAAUUUUCCCUUCUAUAUUUAUUCAACGCGACAAAGAAGGAAAGUAUUGGAAAACGAAUACUCGAUAUGGAAGCUAAAAAGUCAGUAACACAUUUGAGAACCAGUGAAAAAGUAUUGAAGUCUGUAGUGAAAUUAUUUGUACAAAUUUCUACACCAAAUUACAGUAUGCCUUGGCAGAUGAAAAGGCAGCAACAAGUAUUUGGAUCAGGUUUUGUUAUUUCAAACAGACGAAUACUAACAAAUGGUCAUGUAGUUGCUUACCAAAAAUCUGUAAGAGUACGUAAACAUGGCGAUGCUAAGAAGUAUAAUGCUUAUGUGAAACACGUCGGCCAUGAAUGUGAUAUUGCAAUGCUUGGUGUAGAAGAUGAGCAGUUCUGGGAGGACUUGUAUCCGUUACCAUUUGGGAAAAUACCAAAUUUGGAGGAAGAUGUUGUAUGUGUUGGAUUUCCWACYGGUGGUGACAAUAUAAGUGUUACAAGAGGAGUWGUAUCACGUGUUGAGAUGCAGAGAUAUGCUCAUUCAGCAGUGGAACUUUUAGCUAUACAAAUUGAUGCAGCCAUAAACAGUGGCAAUAGUGGUGGACCUGCAUUACAGGAUGAUAAGUUGAUAGGAAUUGCAUUUGAAACACUGGAUAAUGCUGAAAACAUUGGAUAUAUUAUUCCUGUAUCAGUGAUUGAGCACUUCUUAGAAGAUAUAGAAAGAAACCAACACUAUUAUGGUUUCUGUAAACUCGGUGUAAAGUGGCAGGCUAUYGACAGUGAACACAUGAGGUCUUAUUUCAAGAUGACAAGCUGUCAGACAGGGAUUUUAAUUUCAAAAGUUUUAAAUUUAUUCAGUUGUAGUGGCAAACUGAUUCGCGGUGAUGURCUGAUGGCUAUAGAUGAUGAGWCCCUUGCUGAUAAUGGAACGGUCCAUUUCCGUGGCAAUGAGAGAAUYCURUUCGACUAUCUUYUAUCCAAAAAGUUUGUUAAUGAUGACUGUAAGCUGACUAUAAUGCGUCAAGGCAAUGUAAUAGAUGUUAACAUCAGACUCGAUAAAGUCACUAAUCUGGUWCCWACYCAGCUWUAUGAUAAAAGGCCAAGUUUUCUGGUUUUCGCAGGGUUGGUAUUUGUUACUCUUUCCCAGCCCUACAUGCAACAUCAAUAUGGAAAAGACUGGGCACGAAAAGCACCUAUCAGGCUGUGUGACCAAGCUUUAUAUGGAAAUCUAGAACAGCCUGACCAGGAAGUGAUUAUACUUAGCCAGGUGCUUGCUUCUGAAUUAACAACUGGUUAUGAAAAUCUUUCCAAUUUACAACUGUACAAGGUGAAUGGUAYUGCUAUACUCAAUCUCAAACACUUAGCAUCUGUACUGGACCUUAUUACUGGACCACUUUUAGCCAACAUUAACAAUGACUCAAGUAAAGACAUAACCGAGCAGACUAGUAUACCAACUAGGUCAUGUGURGAUCUUAGUCACUCUGAGAAUGAUAAAACGUCUCAUGGUUUACAUGAACGGGAAAGAGCACAAGUAAAAGAUGAAKACUGUACAACAWCAAGGAAUCCCAGAGACGACUUAUUACAAGGUGAAUCUACCAGCACUGCAUGCGAGUCUAGAUCUAUCACCAAAGAAAGACCGGGAACACUAAAUAUUGUGCCAGCUUCUGGGACAGUAGCCAGUUCAGAGAAGGUUUCAACUGAUGAAGAAGGAUUUUCUUAUAUUCCAAGUCUGCGGGAAGGAAAUGCAGGACUUGAAGAAGACCCAACACUUCUCAGUAGAGGGGAUUAUUUGCAUUUUGAAUUAGACAAAGAUAAAAUAAUUGUUUUACAYAUCUUGACGGCAUGCAAGCACUCAUCUGACAUACUAAAUCAGUACGCUAUUGGACAGUCUCGUUCAGAUGAUUUAAUCAAUCAAUGAAUUUUAUGAAAUAUUGGAAUAUAUUUUCCAGUAUUGCAAUUAGGCAUAUAAUUAUAUACACACCUAUUUGCAAAAACAUUGUCAAUGAGAAAUAGAUCAGUAAAAGGAAAAACAUUAAAAAAAGACAAGAAAAAAGUCCUUGACCAGACUGAUMUUUUCUUUAYAAUAACUUCCUUUUUCACUGAAGUUCAAAAUGUUAUAAAUCUCUAUGGCAACAUUUUUGCAAUUAGGUGUACAAUUAGGUGUAAGAUAUUGUAGGUAAACGUAUUUUACUGAUGUUUGUAUUAUUUAUAAAACAAUCUCUUAAUAUAUUAAACAAGGAAAACUGAUAGUGUACAUUCUAUCACUACCGUAAUCUUUAGGGGUUGAGAAUGGAACCUAAAAACCUCAGGCUUAGAUUUUUUGUGAAAAAUAUUGGAAUAUAUACCUUCACAUCUUCUAUUUCUCAGUAUA